AUGUCGGGACUUCAAUACAUGAAAGGUGUGCGAACAAGAUUUUACAACAAACUGUUGAAAGAGAUACAAAACGUAAAAGAAAUUUUGAAUACUGAUUUGAGUGAUUUAUUUGAUGUUGAUGAAUAUAAACAACUACGUCAGCGUGUGCUGGAAGCUAAGCUUAGUAUCAACUUAUAUAACGACAAGCUUAUGAUGCAGUCCGAGAAAUUAUCUCAAGCAAUCGAUGACUCCGAUAUAAUAGAAGAGGCUAGCACUUUAUAUCAUAAGCUACAGAUUUUUGAGGACACUUUGCAAGAAAGUAAGGAAACAGAACAUAACAAGAUAGAAAAAAAGGAGCGUGCUUUAUCUUUAGCUGUAGUUACAGAAGAAAUGAAGACAAUGUUUGAAGCUCAAAUGGAAUUACAGAGAGUUUUAGUUGAAAGCAAACGAGUAAAGAAAGACACGGUAAAAUUACCUAAGAUUGACAUACCAUCUUUCAAUGGAAACAAGUUAUACUGGAUCGAAUUCUGGGAUUCUUUUGAAAAUUCUGUGCAUAAAAAUGAUAGUCUCUCAGAUGUUGAUACAUUCAAUUAUUUGAAGAGCAAGCUUACGGGAGAUUCUAGAAAUGCAAUAAUAGGUCUUACCUUAUCAAAUACGAAUUAUUCAGUCGCUAUUGAGAUAUUGCAUAAAAGAUUCGGAAAUAGGCAGGAGACAAUAGAUUCACACUACAAAGCAUUGAUGGAUAUGAAUCCUGCAAGAAAUUCCUUGGAGAAUUUAAGACAGUUCAUUGAUAAGGUCGAGAAACACCUUCGAUGUCUUGAAGUUUUGAGCCAAGAUACAAACCAAGACAUCUUUGUAUCAAUGAUAAGAAGAAAAUUACCAAAUGACGGCCUUCUUCAAAUUGAGAUAAUGAAAGGAGCUGGAAAAAGUGGUCAGUGA